GUUUCCUUAACCCUUUGAGGAAUGUCACCCUGCGGAGAUGCGAAAGGGAGACGGUGCAAGGCUGCGCUGUGAAAACAUUGUUGCUGGUGUGCUUUGAGACAAGAAGUGCUCUCUGCACGUGCCCGUAAUAGUUAUUUUAUUGUCCCAUUUCUGGAGGAAAUGGGGGCGUGGCAGGCUGGGAGUGUUGCAAGCGUGGAUUUAUGUACUUCCCUGUUUUUGUAUGUAAUUUGUCGCUUUAAUGGUUAAUGUGUGUUUAUAAUUGCAUUUUCUAUCGCUGUAACCCGCCCUGGGCAAUGCCCUUUCCCCCCGAGAAUGAGAUCCCAAGGGUUAAAUCGGCAGAGCUGCAUUUUUACAGAGAGGCGUUGGACAUCUGGGAAGAAAUCUACCCAUCGCCUUUUCCUGCAGUGACCACAAACCUUUCUGAUACCAAGCUGCCUCCCUCAGACACUGAGCAGGAGCAGAACUUGAAAGCAGGAGAAAGAUGAGGACAUGGUCUCACUUGCAGGUGAUGGAAAGCUGAGUGAGAAGAAGAACGAGGACCAGCUCAGCCUUGAAGAAUCUGACGCAGACGAAGCAGCCCUUGGAGGAGACAAUUGGGACAUCCAUGAGAUGGUAGAAACAUCUGGAAGUCGCCAGGACUCAGGUGGGCACGGGAAACAGAAGGACAUCCCUGUUCCUCCUUAUGACCAGGGAGACAAGCCUAUUGACUGCUUAGCCCUCGUGGUGCAUGAGAGGUCCCACACUGGCAAGAAACCAUUCACCUGCCUGGACUGCGGGAAGAACUUCCACCGGAGGUCGGGUCUUUCAGUGCAUGAGAGGAACACGGGAGAGAAGCCGUACAAAUGCACAGAGUGUGGGAAGAGUUUGAGCCAGAGCUCCAGUCUUUUGGCCCAUGAGGGGACCCAUACGGGAGAGAAGCCAUAUCUGUGCACCAAGUGUGGGGAAAACUGUGAAUGCACACAUUUGUGUUUUACUGCAAUGCCAAGGAGGAAAGACAUCAGCAACGCUCUUAGAGAAGCAAUUGUUGCUGCCCACAAAACUGGGAAGGGUUACAAGGCCAUCUCCAAACAAUUUAAAGUCCAUCAUUCUACAAUCAGAAAGAUUAUUCAGAAGUGGAAAACAUUCCAGACAGUUGCCAACCUUCCCAGGAGUGGACGUCCCAGCAAAUUCACCCCAAGGUCAGACCGUGCAAUGCUCAGAGAAAUUGCAAAAAACCCAAGAGUUACAUCUCAGGCUCUACAGGCCUCAGUUAGCAUGUUAAAUGUUAAAGUUCAUGACAGUACAAUCAGAAAAAGACUGAAUAUGCUUGGAAGGGUUGUCAGGAGAAAGCCUCUUCCCUCUAAAUAGAACAUGGGAGCACAGCUUAGGUUUGCAAAGUUGCAUCUGAACAAAUCACCAGACUUCUGGAACAACGUCCUUUGGACACACAAGACCAAAGUGGAGAUGUCUGGCCAUAAUGCACAGUGCCAUGUUUGACGAAAACCAAACACAGCAUAUCAGCACAAACAACAUACAAACUGCCAGGCAUGGUGGUGGAGGGGUGGUGAUUUGGGCUUGCAGCCACAGGACCUGGGAACCUUGCAGUCAUUGAGUCGACCACGAACUCCAAAAGUAUCUUGGAAUCAAAUGUGAGGCCAUCUGCCUGACAGCUAAAGCUUGGUCGAAACUGGGUCAUGCAACAGGACAAUGAUCCCAAGCACACCUGUAAAUCUUCAGUAGAAUGGCUGAAAAAGAAAAGAAUCAAGGUGUUGCAACGGCCCACUCAAAGUCCAGACCUCGACCCAAUUGAAAUGCUGUGGUGGGACCUUAAGAGAGCUGUUCAUAAACAAAUGCCAGCAAACCUCAAUGAGCUGAAGCAACGUUGUGAAGAAGAAUGGGCCAAAAUUCCUCCACAACAAUGAGAGAGAUGGAUAAAGUCCUACAGAAGAGAAUUACUUCAUGUUAUUGCUGAUAAAGGUGGAGAAUCAAGCUGUUGAAUCAAAAGUGUACUUCGUUUUUCACACAUGGCUUCUACAUCUUGGCUUUAUUUCUGUUAAAUAAAUCACAAUGCGUCGUAUUACGUGCUGUUGUUCACCUGAGGUUGUAUUUACCUGAUUUUAAGACCUACUAAGGCACAUAUGUUUUUUAUUAUGUCCUCAUAUGUAAGGACACAUAAUUCAAAGAGGGUGUACUUUCUUUUUCCCAUGACUGUAUACCUCCUUUUCUCAUUGGCCGCAAUCCGUUUUGGUCCCAAAUCUCUUAGGAUAUUGUUUCCUGAGGUGGAAUUCAGAGUGCUUAAAAACAUCCAAACGGUUGCUCCUAAGUGUAUGGAGGAAGGGGGAAGUGGACAAGAGAUUUUGGAAUCAGGGCCAUUGUAGAUGUGAGGGUAGAUUGAAUGUUUAAGAUCAGCUGUAAAUGUCUCCCUCCGAUAACACUCUGAAGAACCCAUUUCCCAAAGCCCUCUUCCACUGGAGGGGACGGGAAUAUAUUAAUAACACCAACCCUUCUUUGUACCAAGAGUUGGAGAAUCCCAGGCAGAGUAGCCCUGCAAGCCUUUUUUUUAGUUUUUAUUUAUACUUUUAAAGUUUGUACAUUUCAUUAGUUUUACAUUAACAUUGAUUUAACAUUUCGAAGUUUGACUUCCUUCCCCCCCUUUCUGCAGUUCCUUAAAUUUAUUUUUUAGUAUCUUCUGCAUAUCCAAAUUCAUUUAAUUUGC